AUGAGUUCUUAAUAAAAUAAAUAGAAAGAUGUAGUCAAUAAAUAAAUGAUAUUUGCACUGAAUCCAAAGCAAGAUUUCAAUUUAGGAGAUCCAAUCAAAAUUAAUAAAGCAAAUAGUUAUGAUCCUACAAGCAUGAAAAAUGAACCAUUACAAAAACCAAUAAACUAAAUAUCCAAUUCAAACAUGGGAACAUUUCAAGACAAAGAUUAAUCAAAGCAAACUAACGAGGCUAAAAAUUAGAAGAAAUAAAAUAAAAUUAAGUACAUCGCAACCCGUUCAAUUGCUGGAUUGAAGGCCUAUACAAAGGCUUAGAAAGAUAAUUAAGAUUCCUUAUUCUACAAGUUGGAAAUAAAUAAGUAAGCUGAUAAGAACUUAUUUCUUUUGGCUGAUGGUCACGGUGAAUAAGGAGCGAAAGUAUCAUAAUAUGCAAUAAAACAACUUUCUGAUUGCAUUUAUGAUAUGAUAGAGUCCAUGAACACCCAGCCAAAAUUUGUAGAGCAACUAAAUUCAAAUAUAAUUACAACAUUCUAAAAAAUUGAAUCCAAUAUAGUAAACUUAUCUAAUAUCGAUACUACAGAUAGUGGCACUACAAUGAAUAUGGUUUUAACUUUCGAAAAUUAUUUAAUAUCUGCCAACAUUGGAGACACAAGGACAUUCUAUUUUUAAAGAAGUGAUAAACCAGAUUAGCUUGGACCUGUCACUUUGAGAAUUAAAUAGUUGUCAAAUUAACAUACUCCUGAGAAAGAAAUAGAAUCACAAAGGAUUUUGGAAUCAGGUGGAAAAAUAGAAUAGGACACUUAAGGCUUUCAAAAAACAGGACCAUUAAAAGUGAAAUCAAAAAAAUAAGAUAUCAAAGGUGUCACUAUUACAAGAUCAUUUGGAGAUAUCUAGGCAAAACAAGUUGGAAUCAUUUCACUUCCUGACAUUCAUACUUUCCAAAUUUAACAAGAAGGUUUUUUGGUACUAGCCACUGGGUCGAUUCUGGACAUGAUUGAUAUUAUAGACAUUUGUAGAAUAUUGACUCCAAUCACUCCUCCAAAUAGUUAAGCGGCCAUUGAAAAUGCAGCAGGACAAAUUGUGGAAGAGGCAAGAAAGAAGGCAAAGCUUUAACCUGAUAUAUAGGAUGAUUAUUCAUUGAUUUUAGUGUAUAUUGAAAUAGAUUUAGCUUGA